AUGUCUGAAUCAACAACUAUCAAUUCAUCAUCUGUUGGUGGUGUUACCGGAAGUAGUACUAGAUUCCACACAAAGGAAUGGGUUGCAGGUUGUUUUGGUGGUGUUACCCAGGUGUUAUCUGGUCAUCCAUUAGAUACCAUCAAAGUUAAAUUGCAAACCAUGUCAACCACUGCAACAGCAGGAAAUUCACACUUUUCAAUUUCACAAGUAUUUAGGAAUAUUGUUAAAACAAAAGGAAUUGGUGGAUUAUACAAAGGAUGGACAAGUCCAUUAAUUGGAGCAUGUAUUUUAAACUCUGUAGAAUUUGGAGUAUACAAUGAAACUAAACAAUAUCUCAAAGGAAAUAGUGUUGAAGUGCUUCCCCUAUGGAAAAUUGCAGCUGCUGGAGCAUUGUCUGGUAUUGUCGGUUCAUUUGUGACAACACCAACAGAGUUCCUCAAAUGUAAUUUACAAGCAGAUGCUUCACACAGGUUCAGGGGUCUUAAAGAUUUAACACAACACCUUUUUAGGCAACACCAAACGAAUUACAAAUACAGUAAUUCACUCUUCGGUCAAAUUCAGUCCUCUCUUAGUUUCUAUAAAUCCAUCAAUAGAGGUUUUGCCAUUACUACCUUCAGAGAAUCUGGAUUGGCAAUCUAUUUUGCUGCCUACGAAGCUACUUUACGUUUCCUCGAGAAAUCCUCAAUGAAUCAUCCUCAAACCAUUCAUUCCUUGAUUGGAGGUGGAGUUGGUGGUUUUGCAUUCUGGACAAUCAUGUUUCCUAUUGAUUUGAUAAAAACCAGAAUACAGAUUGAAUCCAUUCUCAAAGCUCCUACUCAAAAACAACCAAUUGAAACAAAUUUCAUUUCCAGUUGGGGAAUGACUAAGCGAAUCUACAAUGAAAUGGGAUUGUCAGGUUUCUAUCAAGGAUAUAAAUCAGCCAUUCUCAGAGCCGUCAUUGUAAAUGCAGCUGUAUUUGCCACAUACGAAAAAGUAAAAGAAUUCCUUUGAAUUAUCAAGAUUACCUAGAAUGGAAUGAGUAACACAAAACACAACAGAGCCUAUUCGUUCGAUUGUUUAAUCGCGUAAAUUUGUUGUAGUCCUCCAAUGUCCACCACCAGCAAUUAAUUGCUUAGCGUCCUUGUCGUUCAAGUGUUGCAUGCACUUACUGUUUCCUCUUGUAGUGGAUGAUGAAUUCUUCAUAUUACAGUAAAAAACACAAAUCUUUCCGAAAUAAAAAGACAAACAGUCAUUG